GCUUCGCAGUGUCGUCUGCUGGAGAGCGUGUGAUGGGCACGGCGGCAAGGGGCUGUUUUUUCCUUCCCUCCCCUCGGAGUUGAGGCGGCUCCGGCUUUGAUUUCCCUCGCCCCCUGCCUGGCUACCCGUGUCAGCUUUAACUGAGUCUCACCAAAGUUGGGGCCUUCAGGUUCGAAGGUAGCAGCUGCUGCCCCGCACCGGAGUGAGGGGCGGGCCCCUCUUCAGUCCAGCCCGGCCGGCGCCUCCAUGGGCCCAACCCGGAAGCCCAAUGUGUGUCGCCGGCUGAGUCACCGGGCGCUGGGCUGCUUCUCGCGCGACGCAGGCGUGGUGCAGAGGACGAACCUGGGCAUCCUGCGGGAGCUGGUGUGCCAGGAAAGUACUAAAUUUAAGAAUGUUUGGACAACUCAUUCCAAGUCACCUAUAGCCUAUGAGAGAGGAAGAAUAUAUUUUGACAAUUAUCGGUGCUGUGUCAGCAGCAUUGCAUCAAAGCCAAGAAAACUUUAUGAAAUGCCAAAAUGUUCCAAAUCAGAAAAAAUAGAGGAUGCUUUAUUAUGGGAAUGCCCAGUGGGGGAAAUAUUUUCCAAUACAUCUGAUUAUAAGUCCUCACUCAUAGCACUGACUGCUCAUAAUUGGCUACUUCGUAUAUCAGCAACUACAGGAAAAAUCCUUGAGAAAAUAUAUCUUUCUUCUUACUGCAAAUUCAGAUACUUGAGCUGGGAUACUCCUCAAGAAGUCAUUGCAGUGAAGUCAGCUCAGAACAAAGGCUCAGCAGUGGCCCGGCAGGCAGGCAUUCAACAACCUGUUUUGCUGUACCUUGCAGUGUUCCGAGUUCUACCUUUUUCACUUGUAGGGAUUCUAGAGAUCAACAAAAAGAUUUUUGGGAACAUUACAGAUGCCACCUUGUCUCAUGGAAUACUGAUUGUGAUGUACAGCUCAGGACUGGUCAGACUCUAUAGCUUCCAAGCCAUCACUGAACAGUUCAUGCAACAGAAACUUGACUUAGGGUGUGCAUGCAGAUGGGGUGGGACUACUGGAACUGUAGGAGAGGCUCCUUUUGGCAUUCCUUGUAAUAUUAAAAUCACAGACACGCCACCACUGCUCUUUGAGGUGUCAUCCCUGGAGAGUGCUUUUCAGAUUGGAGGCCAUCCUUGGCACUACAUCAUAACACCUAAUAAGAAGAAACAGAAAGGAGUUUUCCAUAUAUGUGCUUUAAAAGACAAUUCCUUGGCAAAAAACGGAAUCCAGGAAAUGGAGUGUUGUUCUCUAGAAUCUGACUGGAUCUAUUUCCAUCCUGAUGCUUCUGGUAGAAUAAUACAUGUUGGCCCAAAUCAAGUCAAAGUUUUAAAGCUGAGUGAAAUAGAAAAUAAUAGUUCUCGGCAUCAGAUCUCUGAAGAUUUUGUCAUUUUGGCCAACAGGGAAAAGAAUAAAAAUGAAAACCUCACUGUCACAGCUUCUGGACGGGUGGUAAAAAAAACUUUUAACCUUCUGGAUGAUGACCCAGAACAAGAGACUUUCAAAAUUGUGGACUAUGAAGAUGAGUUGGAUUUGCUUUCCGUGGUAGCUGUUACUCAAAUAGAUGCUGAAGGAAAAGCUCACUUGGAUUUCCACUGUAAUGAAUAUGGAACUUUACUUAAAAGCAUUCCACUAGUGGAGUCGUGGGAUGUGACAUAUAGCCAUGAAGUCUAUUUUGACAGAGACUUGGUGCUACACAUAGAACAGAAACCCAACAGGGUCUUCAGCUGCUAUGUUUACCAGAUGAUAUGUGACACUGGGGAAGAAGAAGAAACCAUAAACAGAAGCUGUUAAAAAGAGCAAGAUAAUUGUAACUUAAGAGACUUUUAGCCAGACACCCCAACAGCUGUGUCCAUUCCUCCUUCUUAUUAUCUGCAUGGCAUAUUUUCCAGAAAAAGUCUUAUGUUGACUUCAGAUAACCGUGACUUAUUUUUUAAACUUGCCAUUGAAGGUGUUGAAGGCUUCAUUCUGUGUAAAGGUUUUUUGGUUUUUUGUUCGUUUUUUUGCGGCUGGCCAUACAGGAAUCUGAACCUUUGACCUUGGUGUUAUAAUACCAUGCUCCAACCAGCUGAGCUAACUGGCCAGACUUAUAUGUAGAGGUUUUUUAGAAUGCUGUCCCAAGAAGUCUGGUAUUUUGGAGCUUUUAGCUAGGCAGUAAUGCAAAUAUAAAAUGCUGGAGAACAGGGAAGGACAGGUUAAUUCCAGCUGUUGAGGAGAGGGUCAUUGAUGGGGAGGUGAUUAACGUGGUUCUUAAAGGAUGGUAUGGAAUUUUGAUUGGUAAAGCUAAGAGAGAGACAUAAAAAUAAAAAUACAGAAGAAACACGUAAAAAAUUCUAUAUCCUCUGUAUCAAACUUUGCUUAAGAAUGAGAAAUGAGAUGUAUAAUAUGAAAGCAUACUUUUGAGCCAAAAAUGCGUCAUCACAAUUAAAAAAAAAACCUUAUAUAUGUAUAUAUAUUUUGUACUUGUAUAUAGUAUAAAGUAUUGGUUUUAAUUCCCUUAUUCUCUUGGCUUGAUGUUUCCAUUGAAUACUUGUAUUUCUAUUAUAGACUGAUAUAAAAGAGUCCAAGAAGAUCUUUUUUUUGAUAGCUGGCCGGUACAGGGAUCAAACCCUGAACCUUGGUGUUAUCAGCACUACGCUCUAAUUAACCGAGUUAACCACUUAGCCCCAGAUUAAAGUUGUUUUUUAUUACCCCAAGCAAAUGUUAAGUGAAAUUUUUUUCUAAUAAGUAGCCUAUUUAGCUUUUAAUACAUCUAAGUACGUUGUUCUCAUUUCACCGUUCUAUUUAUUUAGUGAAUCUUCCAAUUUUGUUUAGGCAGUAUCUUCAUACCUAUUCAGUAAGAUAAUGGUACCCUGGCCUGCACCAGUUCUCUUCCCUGUAGAAGAGUAGAUAGAGCCCCGAGAAGAGUUCUUACCAGCUUGGGAAUUGCCAGAUUAGCCAGAGAAAGUUUUUGGCUAACUUAGUUAUGAAAUGAGGUUUUUUUCCUUCUUUGUUAGACUAGAUCUAAAUAUGAACCCAUAAUCAUUGUGCAGAAUGUUAAAUAAAGGCAACCUAAGUAAAAGGAGAGAAUGUUUUUUAUGCUUCCUGUUUGAUAAAUCCAGUUGAUUGCAAUCCACACGUUCAGCACAUUUCUCUGUUUCAGUCUCAAAAGAAU